CGAAGAGAAGGUAUUGUUAAAAUUAAUAAACAUUCAAAAUUCGUUAGGGUAUUGUUUUAUUAAAAUAUUAAAAAAAAUAAGUUUUGAAUAUAAUAAUUGUGUCAGCGUUCUGAUUGUUAAAGCUUAAACAAAAAAUUUGGUUGUUGUUCAACUUCCCGUGAAAAAGAAAAAAAAACAACGAAACAAAAAUGGCCCCACCACAGAGAAUGCGAGUCGCCAACGAAAAAGCCAGCAAAUACAUUACAAUGCGUGGAAAUGUACCAAAAUCAUCGAAAACAAAAGAAAACCAAUAUCCUGUGGGCCCCUGGCUUUUGGCACUAUUCAUCUUCGUCGUUUGUGGUUCGGCGAUUUUCCAAAUCAUUCAAUCAAUUCGUGCUGCGUAAAUAACUGAUAAAAGAGGAACCCAUUAGGAAUCAGCUAAGGAGAAUACAACAUCCAUAAUUAAAAUAUCAUAAACAAACAGUCCACAGACAUUUAAUCUAUAAGACACAAACUGAGAAUUUUACUUCAAAUCGUUUUAGCCAGGUGUGAACAUAACACAAACAUUAAUUGGAAAAGAAAAAAAAUCAAGCAGACAUGGUUCAAAGAAAUGAUGACGUUUAUUUUAAGUGAAAAAUAAAAGACGUUUGAUUUGUUGAUGCCUACUCCCAAAUUAAUAGCUGCUCUCACAUAUUUACAUGUGAAAAUUUCUUUGUCAUGUUUACAAAAGUUGCAUACAUUCCUGUUUGAGGAAAAAUAAUCUUUUAAUUAUUUCCAAAAUGUUCGUGUAAUUACAUAGAUCUUUGCCGUAUUUUGUUUAAAGCGAUUUUUCCGUUCAUUAAACACUAAGAGUUAGUAGUUAAUAAUAAUAAUAAUAUAAAGAAUAACUCAGAAAUAUUAUACUUUCUUCUUUUGUAUGAAAAAUGUGCAUAAAGAUAUAUAAUAUGAAAAUGUUAUAAUAUAAAUAUGUAUAUUAAUUUUUUACUCAAUAAAUAUUAAAAGAAAA